AUGAUAAAGAAUUUUCGUAGGAAGUUCAAGGUAAAUAUGAUAGGCUUAGUAGAGACAAAAAAAGAAGUUGUGACAACCUUUGAUGUAGUGCAACUAUGGGGUGCUGGUGCUGCUAAAUGGGAGUAUGUUGGGUCGAUUGGUGCUUCUGGAGGGCUGUUAUUAAUGUGGGAUGAGACGGUGUUUCAGAUGAAUAACUGCUAUAAGGGUAGUCGUUGGUUGUGUGUAGAGGGUGUGUUGCUUAGAAAUAACUUUUCCUGCGCUUUCUGUCUGGUUUAUGGCCCGCAUGAGAGGGGGGCAAAGCUUGCUACAUGGGAAGAAUUGAGCUUCCUGUUUGGAAUGUGUCAGGUUCCGUUUUGCUAUCUGGGAGAUUUCAAUGAGAUAACUCAGGUAGAGGAUAGGAAGGGAGCUGAUUCUUUGACGGUGACUGCCGUGGAGUUUAAAUCAUGGAUACAGGAUAUGGAGUUAGUGGAUUUAGCAAUCACUGACCGGUUGUUCACCUGGUUCAGAGGGCAGUCCUGCAGUCGUAUUGAUAGGGUUCUGGUGAGUUUGGAGUGGUUAGAAAUGUUUCCGGAAACUAGGCUGCGGGGUGGACCAAGAGGGUUAUCUGACCACUGUCCGUUGAUCAUGGAGGUCUCUCGAUUGAGAGGGGGCCAAUUCCAUUUCGAAGUUUAG